AGGGCGGCACGUCGCUCUUUGAGCAGCUCAUGCGCGCCGUUCUCAACACCAAGAACGACCACACGACCAAGAACACACUGCUGCAGAUCCAAGCGAUCCUCGAAGAGGAGGUUCAAGUCCGCGGAUCACCCGAGUUUCGAGCAGCUUUUGCAGUGCACCUUGCGCGCAAGGACACGGACGAAGCGUUCACAAAGCAAGCGUUUCGCAAGGCGAUUGCGUGCUCGCCGGCGCUGGGCCGCAUGUUUCUCAACGACUGCGUCACGCUCGACCGUCGCGUCAUGCGGUUCAGUCAGCUCGAGCACGUGUACGGCACGACAGCCGACACGAGCGCGUUGCAUGCGAUUUUGAAUCUGCAGUCGCCCGACCCAGCGCUGCUCCUCGACGCCAAGACCGAAUGUUUGGAGCACGUCGUUAUGCUGCGUAUUCUCCAGAUCAAGUGGGAACUCUUUGGUCAGCGCAAGUACUUUGAGCAGCUGCUCAUGAACACCUUGCUCCUUGUCACGAUGACCACGUCGUCGCUGCUCGUGGACGAGGCGAGCGUAGCGACCAACUGGAUUCCGAUGGCCGUGGGCACCUUGGCGUUUGUCAGCACGGUCGUUGGCUACAUCGUCCUGCAACUGCUGCGCCCGGCGUCUCUCUACCGUCUCGCACGCUACUGCUACGACGGUCGGCUCUCUCUGGACGUCUCGGCUUCGAUCCCACACCUCCCCAAGCACAAGACUCGCGCCAGAGUGCUGCUGGUCCGAGCGUGGAUGGGACUGUCUCUCUUAAUUGCGCUGCCCGUCAUGGCGUUGCUUCUCUUGUCGGGUGUCGCAAGCGCCUAUCCCAGUUGCAACCACCUCGUUCUCUGGUGCACGUCGCUUUACUUUGUCGUCACGGAGCUCGAAGAAAUGGCCUCGUCAAGCACCACAGUGUACUGGUCGUCGCGCGUCAACCAGGCGCAGCUGCUCACCAACCUUGCCGUCUUGCUCGUGUUUGUGCCCAUGAAGUUCGGUCUUCUUCCAGCACCGUGGGCGGUGCAGACGGGCGUCGGCGGCGCCAUCACGAUCGGUCUCUGGAUGCUCUCGCUUCAGUUUCUCGAAGUCGUGCCAGCCGCCGGCUACCUCCUCCCGAUGAUGUCCAAGCUGCUCGACGACGUCCGCAACUUCUUCAUCUUCUUUGGCGUCGUUCAAAUGGGUCUCACGAUCACGUUCUACCAGCUCUUCCGCGACCAGGACGUCGACGCGUUCAACACCCUUGGGUCGUCGUUCGUGACGACGUACUUUGUUGCGUUCGGCCAGCUGCCUCUGGACGCGCUCGGUGCGUUUGACGCGACCGACGGGUUCCUGUCUAAUUGCACGCUGCUGCUGAUGAUGCUGCACUCGGCGGUGGUGUGCAUUCUGCUGCUCAACGUCCUACUCGCCAUGAUGAACCAGACGGUCGACGGCGGCCUCGAGAAGGCCAAGACCGAGGCGCUCACGAGCUACGCUCAGUGCAUCCUGCGUUUAGAGCAGUCGAUGCGCCUCGACGCCGACGCAACGCAAGAGCUCUUGCAUCUGAUCGACAGCAAGACCCACGCGCGCGUCCUCAACCCGAUCUUUUCGGAGGUCGUCUCGAAGCUCGACAUCUCGCUGCGACCCGAGCUCGAAGCGUCGAUCCGGCAUGACAAUACGCGCAAGCGACUAUGGAAGACGACGCUGACGUCGCUUCAAGCUACCAUCGCCGAGCACAUUGACGAUGUCACGACCAAGCUGCGCCGCGUGGAGCAUUUCAGCACAGAUCCCAACAUUCUUCGUGGGUUUCAACCCGAGCUGGAGGCUAUUGCGGUCGCCGAAAAGGCGCUUGCGAGCUUGUUUGCUGAAGCCGACAAGCACCGCGGAGACGACACGUCUGCCAAGCUCGCGUCUCAUAAGACCAGCAUUUGCGAUGUCAUCGAGGCACUGUGUGCGAAGAUUGACAAACUGUGGAGCGAUGAGACUACCCCGUGGAAGAUGGCAAUGAACGCCCGCACCGAAUGCGUCGUCUUAUUCAGGCUUGUUGCGGCGACCACUGUGGACCAGCUGGUGCAGAGCAUGACCGCACAAAUCAACGAGUCGCUCGACGCUGUCGUCGUACCACUAGUCACUGUGACCGAGACCACGUACCAGCACCAACAAGUAGGCGUUGAGAAGAACACGGACGACUCGGGCGGGAUACAGCGCAUCGAGUUGCAAGCUCUAUUUGCCGCGCUCGAGACGAAGCUUAAUGAGCAAAACCAGGCGCUCGAGACGACGCUCCGUCAACAAAACCAGGCGGUCGUGCGGCAGCUCACGACAGCGCUCGAGCAGUUCGUUCGUGCACCCGGGUCGCCGAUCCACACGCAGUCCCAUCCCGUUUUGGACCCGCGCCACCGCGAAAGCAGCAGUGUCGACACGGAGCACGAUUCGAUUUAUUUACUGUAGCGACGGCGACAAAAUAAACAUGAUGGUUGCAUUCG